AUGGAGUUUGUACAAAAAAGAACAGAAAAACCUGCGGUCAUCAAAUAUUGUAAAUUCUCAGAACAAAAGAAUCCAGAGGAAUAUCACCGCACCUUGCUCAAGCUAUACCUGCCUCAUCGUGCUGAUUGCCAGUUGAAAUCUGAACGCUUUCCCACCUCUCAGUUGUUCCACGAGCACGCCUGCGUACAGUUACCGUACGCCGACCAUGUGGAGCGCGUGUCUGAAAUCGUCAAGAGGAACAGAAAAACGUACGAGAGACACAGUGGAGACAUUGACGAUGCCAUCAGAGAGUUGGAGGAAAGUGGGCUCAAUGUAAACGAAUGGUGCCACCUGGCUCCCGAGAGUGAGCUGCAAAGACUCGAAUGCAUUGAGGAAAUCAACGCGAGAGACGACCCGACUGAGAACGCGGAGGAAAAUGUCCCCGACUAUAACGUGAGAUCGGCGACGAGAGAAACGGCUAUUGUGGCUGAACCUGCUGCCAUCAAUCCCACGGUGUUACGCGGUAUGUAUCGAAACCUGAACCGAAAACAAGCGUCCGUGUUCUACAAGGUCCGAGAUUGGUGCGUGAAACGUGUUUGUAGCUCAAAGCCGAUCGAGCAGUUUUUCUACUAUGUCAACGGUGGCGCCGGGACCGGCAAAUCGCAUCUGAUCAAAUGUAUCCACGCAGAGGCCACGAAAAUACUGCUCAGACUACCACGACUGGCUGAGGAAGCGGACAUUUGCAAACAGACGGUUGUUCUCGCAGCCUUCACCGGUACGGCGGCAUUUAACAUUUCAGGGACCACUUUGCAUUCUCUCUUCAAACUGCCGAGAAGUCUCAGACCCCCGUAUCAAGGCCUGGGCAACAAACUGGACGAAGUCCGAGCGGAGCUUUCGAUCGCUGAAAUACUCAUUAUCGACGAGAUUUCCAUGGUGUCAAAAGACCUUUUUGCCUACGUGAAUACCAGAUUGAAACAAAUCAAAGGAAUCGAUUUACCUUUUGGCGGUAUGUCUGUGCUUGCUGUCGGAGAUUUCUUUCAGCUCCCUCCUGUGAGACAAUCCAAACCUUGGUGCGUGUACGAUCCUACUCGGCUGGACCACUGGCGUGACAACUUCAAAAAGAUCACGCUCACGGACAUCAUGAGGCAGAAAGAUGAUGCCGCCUUUGCCGAAGUGCUGAACAGACUCCGCGUCAAAGACAAGUCUCGCGAACUGUCGGAACCGGACGCAUCUCUGCUUGCUACGAGGUACGCUUCUCCAGUAACGUGUCCAAAGAAUAUUCUGCAUAUUUUUGCCACCAAUAAGCAGGUAGACGGCCAUUAUUCCGCGAUGCUGAAUCUGCUUCAUAAGGACGUUGUGCAAAUUGACGCGCUUGACUACAAGAAAGACAAAAAAACCGGCAGAAUGGCAAGGCAAGCGACCCCUGUCCAAGGACCUAAGAACGGGUUGCCCGACUCGAUCAAAGUCGCCGUCGGCGCCCGCGUCAUGAUCACACGCAAUAUUGAUGUUCAAGCAGGUCUGUGCAACGGGACAUUUGCAAAAGUUGUGCAAUUGGUGAAUUACCCAAACGAAGCGCGUGUACAGAAACUUGGGCUGGAACUAGACUCUGUCGCUAAGACGAGAAGUGCUGCGAAUUCUGUGUUCAUUGACAGACAGGAGGAGAGGAUGCAGAAUUCCGGAGUGGUGCGCCGCCAGUUUCCCGUUAAGCUUGCUUUUGCUUGCACGAUCCAUAAGGUACAAGGCAUGACAACAUCAGAGGCCGCGGUUUCGCUGAAAGGCGUUUUCGAACACGGCAUGGGCUACGUAGCUCUGAGUAGAGUGACUUCGCUCAGCGGUCUUCAUAUUCUGCAUAUGGAUGAGAGAAGAAUUCAUGCAAAUCCGGAAAUCACUGCUGCUCUUGCCGAGAUGACAGAGGAUUCUUUGGACGGUGUGAUGCCCCUGUUUCACGUGAUGCCGAGGGUGGAUAAAGCAAAGGACCUGAUCGUCGUCCAUCAUAACACCGAAGGGCUGUCUUGUCACGUGCAGGAUAUCGCGUGUCACCACGAACUGCGUUUUGCUGAUGUUUUGUGCCUCACAGAAACGCACCUCCGAGGAUCUGCGGCUGCCUGCUUGGAAGGCUAUACCAUGUUUCACAGGAAUCGAAGUGAUUCUUAUACAACCUGUCCCGACUUGGCGACAAAACUCGGUGGCGGCGUAGGUAUUUGUGUCAAAAGUCACAUCGCGGCCCAGGAAAAGAAAUACGUACAGGGUGUGACCGAUAUUGAAUUUGUUGCGGUGAAACUCGAAGCUCCCAUCAAUUUGUUGAUUGCUGCCGUUUACAGGCCUCCGGGCCACAGUCUGCGCGCAUAUCUGCCAAGCUUGGAAAACCUGUUACGUUACCUUGAAGUCAUGGACCAUCAUCAGAUCUUGGUAUGUGGCGAUUUUAACGAAGAUGCGCUCUCCGCCUCGUACAAGCCCGUCCUUGAACUGUUUUGCUCAAAGGGUUCAUAACCACUGCUACCACUGACAAAAACACAUUGAUCGACCUAAUUUUUGUCUCUCGACCUCAGUGUGCUCUUUAUUCAGGUGUCCUGCAAACGUACUACAGCUAUCAUAAUCCUGUUUUCUGUGUUUUUGAAUACUGAAAGGUAAGUCAAAUCUAAAUUGUGUAUUUCAGCAUUUGGAAAAUUAACAAGGACGAAAAUCAGAUGGCGUAAGUGGCGGUGUGCGGUGGGCGAUUUGUUGAAUUGAGAUAUGGUAUCGGAGGCGUAGGUGGCUCAGAAAGGCAAAUGUAAUGUUGGCAUUAGGCAGAAACCUCGCAAUUGUAUAGAAAAAAAUACUAACGACCAAUGUGAAUAGUGAUGCACUUUAUAUUUUACGCUGAUAGUAUAAAUGACGAUUUAUAUAUUAUGCUGAUAUUUUAAGUGGCUGAACUCGUGUCUGUAGAUGUAAAUCAAGUUGAGUUAAGGGAAGGCGCUCAACCAGCUGGGAAGCUGCACCUUCUUGGGCCGCCCAUGCAUGUGGCAGUAUCGGCACCUGCUGGGCAGACGACUCUCUGAGGGCGAGAGGGUGGCGAGGGGAUGGCACGGCCGUUGACACCUAAAUAAGACUUGCGGAAAUAACUGCUAGUCUACUCGUCUGCGGGAUCGACGGGAGAGUCCAUCUCAUCGUCCGUCAAAGGGAAGGCAUUUAGAAUUUUAAAAAGCCCUCCCUUAACUCAACUUGAUUUAAAUUUGACACUUUUAAAAAUUUGAACUAUUUAAAUAUUUAACUUUCAAACUUUGUAACUUUUAAUAUGUUUAACUUUUGUAAAUGAACUCAUAGAUGAGCUAAGAGGCGACUUUUUAACUUUUUGCAUUUUAUUCAUUCUAACAUCAAAUUUUAAAGAUGACUUCAGGGAUGGACUUUUCAAGUUUUUAACUUUUAAAAUGUUAACAUUUUCUAAAUUAACUCCCAGACGAGUUAAGGGGUGACUUUUUAAACUUCAGGAAAGGCCUUUUAAACUUUAUUUUUUCAUCAUUAUUUUCAAUUCUUUUUAACGUCAUAAUCACGAGGCGAGAACAGAAAACAGACGAAGUAAGUUGCUCAUCAAUAAACAUGUUUUUUCCCUUUCUAAAAACACUAAAUGCUUCUGUUUCACUCUUCUGUAUUUUAAGAGUUUCUUUUAUCUGGCGAAAGCAGUUCAUCCCACAAUGGAGGCCAGAGACCUUGAGGAUGCAAAAACUUUCUGCGUGGACCAAUGACUCCCAAACCAGGGAGUUUUUCCGUGUGUCCUCUAACUCCACGUGCUCCCUUUGUCAAGACAGGAGUUUGGCCCCUGCGGUACUCAACCUUGAUGGGAUUUGGCCUGUCUUGCCAGGGAAAUGACACAGCACAGCGACAGCCAAGUCUUUCAAAAAGACUCGUACGAUGGAGGCCGGCAUCAUGGAACGCAAACUCCCAAACCAGCGUGGCAAUCGUGACUUCUGCUGAUUCUUCUACGGAACAAUCAAGGGCAGCUCUGGCAGCUCUUCGCUUUGACUCUGACAUCUACCUUUUUUAUUUUUAACAUGCUGUCUUUUAUGUGCCCUCUCUGCAUCCAUUGCAGCCUGGUGAUCCUGAAAGGGGGAUCCUCCCAUCUGUGGUCCCUUCUCAAGGUUUCUCAUUUUUCCCCUAGUGGUUUUUUUUUUAUGAGUUUUUCCUUGCCCUUUUGGGAGCUUAAGAUCAGGGGAUGCUUUGAGAAUAAUUGCCAAUUUGUCUUUGUGAAGCCCUUUGAGACUGCUUGUGAUUUAGGGCUAUGUAAAUAUAUUUUACUUGACUUGACUUCUAUGGAAAAUUGUCAGGAAGCCCUUUUUAGUUUUGCUGCUUUCCCUCACCUCCAUGUUUUUAUUGUAUCUUCUUGGGUAUUGCCUGGCCUUUGACUGUUGGAAACUUGCCCCUCUGGUUUUACUCUAUUAAGUCUCAAAUACGUACAGUUUGUUUUCUGUUCUCCUUUAUUUAUGUAUUUAUUUGUUUGAUUGCUUAUUUAUUGCUUAAUCAUACAUUUAUUUGGUUACUUUUUUGGCAAUGCUUUGAACUCUGAAGUUGUAAUCAUUUUGAUUUGCACAAUUGUUGGACUUUAUACAUUUCUUUGCCUCAAACCAUGUUUACAUUAUCUAUUGUAUAUGUAACUCAAGUCUGUCUAAUACCAUCUGCAAUCAUGCUACAGUUGAAUUAUUAAAUA